GGAGUUCGUCAAAUCUCCCGUCAGUGGAGUAAAUACUUUACUGUAUUUGGUUUCUCCUGACCGUUACACUUCCUAGAUGAGUAAUGAUUAACGUAAAAGAUUAAGGAGAAAACGUGUUAAAUAAAUCGUAACGCGCAUGUUCGCUAGUAUAAAUAAGCAAUUGACAGUUAAAAUAAUCCAUAAUUGUGUGAAGUUUCGUCCGUUGCAGAAGACAAUGGCUCUACAGACAAUCCUCGCUACUACAUUUUACUUAUGCCUUAUGCUGUGGACUGUUGUUAAUUCCGCAAAACCUAUCAAUUGGGAUGUGAAGAAAAACUUUAUAAUUAAUUGCUGCGAACAGAAUUUACAUAAAGGAAAUUUUAAUAAUGGUUUUAAGCAAUGUUUCGUUAGAAAGAUGUUUCAGUAUAAAGAUGAUGAGAAAAUAUUAAGAAAUAAAGUCAUUCUUUCAGAAUGUCAGGGGGAUGAAAACUGUGUUCAAUAUACUCAACAGUGUAUCAAAAAACAGCAAAUGGCACUUCAUCAGAAGCUUUUAAAGAAAACAUUCAAAACACCAAAGCAGUGUGGCAAUUAUCAUAACGUCUUAUUGAAACUGUGGAGUAAGAUUAUUGAAAGGAAACCAUGCAAGAAUCAUCGUGAGAAAUCUGGGAACGUCACACAUUGGAGCACCACAACUAAAAUUUUAAUCCAUCCUUAAUUAAAUAUCUUGUGUAGAAAUCUACAUUAUUUAUAUAACAAUAAAAUAUUUUAUUUAUUAAA